CGGCGCUAACAACAUGGAGGAUGAGCAGGGAGGUGCGUCCGUUGACAACAUCGUCAACGAGUUCGAGACAUACGAGAGUUUCCUGGACUCGCAGGUCACUUCCCUCGACCUAUACUACCUGGAGGAUGAGGAGCUGGCUCGACAAUUGGUGGAGCUGGGAUACAGGGGAAGUGGAGAGGUGCUGAAAAGAGAAGAAUUUGAAAUGAGGAAGGCAGCUGCUGAGGCUGCAAGACUUGCUAAGAAAAGCCAGAAAAAGAUACUAGCAAGUGCAGGAAAAGACCUGAAAGAUAAUUUCCUGAUAGCACUGGCAGAGCGAGAGGAAGCCAACCGCAGUGGGAGAAUGGCUUCUAUAAUUUUCAUCCGAGACUACAAUUCUCAUGGACAAGAGAUUUCUGGGUAUAUUGACUACUCCCAUAGGCUGAAGAUGGAACAAUUUGAAGGGUACUUCAGCGGAAAAAAGAAACUAUUACCACGGUCAACAGAUCUAAGCUUCUACAAUUGGGACACUCAGACCUGCACAUGCAAUUCCAGUCCGUCUUACCACGUAGUCACAGAUAAUGCCUCUGGACUCCUUUUCAGAAACAAAAGGGAUCGAAAAAUAGUACACGUGGAUCCAAAGGAGUCUGAUAAGCCCAAUGAAGUCUUCACUACAUUGCCUCUUGGACUGUUGGCCAAUAAUAGAUUGUUCCUGGACCAGUGUUUGGACUACUGUUUGUGUCUGGCCCAGAUAUUCUCUGGGAUAUUAUUGAUCUCCUCCAACUCAAGAAUUCGAGAAUACAGGGUCAAAGGUGCAGUUAGUUGACUGCAUGCAAUGUACUUGUUUUCAACAUUCAAAUUUAUAAAAUUCUUAUGCAACUGACAGUUAUUUUACCUGCAGAGAUUUGUUGAGCUCAGCUGUCUAGACAGGUAAUUUGUGAUGCAAAGUGAUGCCAAUAGUGUGGAUUCAAUUCUUACAUUCACUAAGGUUACUAGGAAAGACUGUCCUCAACCUUUCCCCUUGCAUGAGGUGUGAUGACCCUCAGGUUAAGCCACCACUAGUCACCUCUCUCUAGUGUUAGAGCAACCCUAUGAUCUGAUAAGUCGAUAGUAACUUUACCCUUACCUUUAUUUCUCCUGUAUUUUGCAGUGUUAUCCCUGUAGGGCAAAAUAUUUGCUUUUUCUAAUAGGACAGUAACACCUGUUCCUUUACUGAAAUGUUACGUUUUGUCCAUUCUGGCUUGUCUUGCUUAGCUAGUUCCAUUGCAAACACCUCAGGCAUCUUCUUUUAUUGAUGUGAUAAUGGGAACUGCAGAUGCUGGAGAA